GGACGCACUUCGGACAGAAUAAACAAAUCGUUAGUUCAAGGUGAUGAUAAUGGUCCGACGAUGCAGUCAGUACUCCGUCAGCUACCGACACGAACGGUUCCCGGUCCGAUCAUUUACGCUUGGCUCUUUCGCGUGCGUAACAAACAUGGAGCAAACACACCAUUCAUCACAGUCAUCUGAUCCGCUGCGAAGCCUGGGUGAGGUGGAGAUAAGAUUGUUACGCGAAUGCUACCGUCGUGGUCUGCCAGGCACGUUGGCGCCAUUUCUGUUCGUGGACAAUCAUCUGAGAUGGUGCGAAAAGAUUCGUCUAAACUCUACCAAUCCCACCGGAGACUGGAAGGGAACCGUAUCGCCUAUCGUGUGGAAACGGUUCUUCACGCUAGCGGUGGAUGAUCGGGAGCAGUUGACAACAUCAGGCACGUUUGUGGCAAUUACCGAUGCAGAAAAGUGUCCGACGGUAGUGUUUUGGACGCUUCAAGAAGACUUGUCACCAUUGAAACGUGCGCUAAUGGAAACGGAUAAGAUCAACUGGAUGAACGAUCCGGCAUUUAGUUGCGUUGCGCUAGAACACUAUCCGAUGUUACAAAGCGUUCUACAACAGAAGGCACCCCAUCUUGAAUUCCGCAAUUCUACAUUCUUCCGUUUGCCGGAUUCAACAGCCAGGACACUACAACUCAGCCUUCCGGAUGGUUACGAGAUACUGCCGCUGAAUGAAUCGCACGCCUACGAAGUUAACGACACAUGGCCACACCGUUACGCAGGUUCGGAGGAAUAUUAUCGAUCGUUACUACGCCUGAAUGGUGGUCUCGCAUUGGCAACAACUACACCGGACACCGACCCUCAACAGAAACAGCUUGCCGGUUGGAUACUGACCAACGAAUAUGGUGCACUUGCUCAUCUCUUCAUCCAGCCUGCCCAUCGGAAUCGAGGACUAGCAUCGGUACUGGUGAAGGCUUGGGUGCUUCAGACGAUCGAAACCUGGGAAAAUGAUGAUCACGCCAAGGGUUCCGAAGUGAUCGCAUACAUUAUGGAUGUAAAUGUCGCAUCACGGACGCUCUUUAAGAAGCUUGGUUUUAUUGAAAUGUCUAAAUCCCGUUGGUCUAAUCCUACUACCAAGUAGGAGUAACUUUAAAAAAAAAUGCAAUUUUGUAUUAUGCGCCACUGCGCCACUUGUAAACUGCAGUGAAUCGUCUAUCAAUGAAUGGUGAACAGGUGGUUGUUCAACACGCUAUCUGCUCUGUAAUUGCAACGAGAGCAAAGAAUUGGACAGUGAUGAGAUCCAAAAAUAUCUUUUGACCUUUUGGGAAUGAUUUGGCGGACGUUUCUGAAGAUGCAGGAUUGGAGGUUGUUGAGGUGAAUGUAAUGGAGAAGUGAGUUGAAAAGCAUAAUUGUUUCGUAAUUGUGUACAAAAAAGAUUUCAUUUUACGUACAAUCUUCUUUAAGGAAGUGAGGAGUAAGUGUGGUGGUAAAUGGUCUUAAAGAAAGGUAGAAAUCUGUCGAGAAAAAAAUAAUUAUGCAAAAUGCAUUCGUUUGUAGCUGGAACGUAAAUGGGAUCGAUCAAUCAAAAUUUUAAUUAGUUUAAAUAAUUUAUCAAAAAAGACACAUAUCUGUGCCAAACAAAACAUGCUAAACUAACACAAAACAAAUACAGCUACACGAGAAAUAAAGAAUAAAUAGAGAAUUUCUUCAAAAACAAUACUAAAAAUUGUGUACAGGACGGAACAUAAACAACUAAAUACACAAUCACUAGUGUA